AUAAUGAUGCCAUCAUCGCGGCUCGGCCGUGGACCUCUCGCAUGGUUCCUCUACGCCGCCAUUCGACAUCGCAAGCAGACUUCGACUGGCCCCGGAGCACGCCAUGAAGUCACAUCUCCCCUGCAGCGCGCCUUGCUGGAGGUGAUCAGGCGCCCGAAGAUCACGACGAUAGGGCUCAUGUUUGUCGACCGCUUCCCCGCGGGCGCGCUCUGCGGUACGACAGUGCGCCAUCUUGUCCUCGAUGCGUCCGAUACAGCACCGCCGGAUGAUGCGCCGGACCAUGAUGUCUGUCCGCCACCUGCGCUGGAAAGCCUCCAGAUGCUCUCGCUCGGAUGGAGUCCAGAUGCCACCGCGCACGUCGACCGCUGGCUGCAGAGCGCGCAGCUCGAUCUGAGCGGGUUGCAAACCAUCGUCGUCGACUGCGAGACGUACCAGAUUUACACGCUGUCGCGUUUCGUCGAGGGCGACGCGUCGCGCGUAAGCCGCCUCGUCAUCAGCUAUUCCUUCUCGGACCUACACGGUGUAGCUAGCUUGAUACAACGCCUCUCAGAGGCACUCACUGCAGCGGGUUCCGCGCUUGUCAACCUUCGCGACAUCGACAUCCUGUGGUACCGACCGCACGCCGAUGUCGCCGUUGGAGAAGCACUCGAUGCGCACCUCGCAGACCGGGAGCGCUUUCCUGCGCUCAAGCGCGUCACCUGGCGGCUCGCGACUAUCGGGCCUGCGCGCGCUCAUCCGCUCGGCUACGAUCACACUUUCCCCGGGUUCGACUUGGCAAAGGUGGUCGCGGGAGAUGAGGCGAAGGUACGACCGGAUAUAGAGGCGAAGUUCAAGGACGGUAGGCCGCAGUGUUCUGCGCUUGGAUUACUGUAUUUCUAGGUUGCUCGAAUAUCGUGUGUCGGGCUACACUCCAUUAUACCCGCUACUAUCAUUCCUCGACGCAUCGCAUGGGUCACCAGAUUGGACGGGACAGUGAUACAGUAUCUGUCGACCUUAAAACAUGAAGGUGCAUGUCACGGUGCUUUGAAGAAUACGAGUCUGUCCUAUCUGCGCGCCAUCAAUCUGUGUCAUGUGUAUGCAUUCUGGAAACGGAUCCAGUUCAGUCAAGCGCGGACGUUUCCCUCUGCCUCGAACCACGCUGAAGACGCGCCAUUCCCUGCUGUAGUAGUUGCGGGUACGACUGCGAUUUGUCAUCGUAACGCGCAUAUCCGGAAGCCAUAGCAUCUCCACUGCCUUCAACGGCCCG